AUGGGGACGGAAGGGCUCUUUGCAUCCCAGACCCAGGAGGGGCCUGGGGUUCUGACCUGCCCCAGCUCUGUGCUCUGCCUCCUCCCCUCCCUGCUGCUCCUCCUCCAGCUGCCCCCUGGGGGAUCCCAAGAGAGUUUCCGUGUAUUUGGCCCUUUGGAUCCCAUUGUGGCCGUGCUGGGUGAGGAUGCCACACUGCCCUGCUCCUUAUACCCAGCCAUGAAUGCAGAUAACAUGGAGUUGAGGUGGUUCCGGUCCAAUAUCUUGGAGUCAGUGUUCACCUAUCAAGACCGACAGGAGCAGAAUGAGAAGCUGAUGGAGUACACAGGGCGAACCUCGCUGGUGGGAAAAUUACUGAGCAUAGGGGAGGCUGCUGUGCACAUCCACAAGGUCCAGGCUGCUGACAACGGGCUGUACACCUGCUUCUUCAGCAACGGAGUCUUCCAUGGGCAAGCCAGCUUGGAGCUGAAGGUGGCAGGUGUGGGCUCUGCCCCCCAAGUGCAUAUCACAGGGCCAGAGGAGGACGGGGUGCACGUGGUGUGCAUGGCCUCAGGCUGGUUCCCAGAACCCCAGGUUAAGUGGAGAGACCCCCAUGGGGAGGAGUUCAUGGAGUUUUCUACAGCCUACCCCAAGGAUACUAAAGGGCUCUUCAGCGUGGAGUCUGCUCUGGUGGUGAGAGACAGCUCUGUGGGGAACGUGACCUGCUCCAUCCUCAACCCAGUCCUGCACCAGGAGAAGGCCAUGGCCAUUGUCAUCCCAGAGCCCUUCUUCCCCUAGGCCUCUCCCUGGAAACCAGCUUUCCUGGUGAGCCUGCCCUUGCUGCUGCUCCUGCUCCUGGGGGCUGCCUGCUACACCCAGAGAGAACAUUCCACACAGAUGCGGGAGCUGCAGGAACAGAGGAACCUACAUCAAGCUAAGGAGAAGGACCGAGAGACAAAGGAGGAGGCCCUAAGGGACAGAGAUGAACUCCAGGUAAUUCUAGACCAGAAGAAGGCAGCUUACCUGGCUGCCUGGAGGAAGGCCCAGCUGUAUGCAGAUUGGCGGAAGGAGCAGUUCCGGGCCUGGUCUGUCACUCUGGAUCCAGAUUCUUCCCAUACUGGAAUUGAUGUCUCUCAUGACAAGAAGAGUCUGACCUGUAGACUUGAUCAUAUAUUAAAAGGAUUGUCUGCUUUAGGUCUUGAGGGCAUCACAUCAGGGCGCUGUUACUGGGAAGUAGAAGUCAGGAGUGGAGACAGAAGCAAAUGGGGACUGGGGGUCUGGAAGGAAGAUGAGAAAAUGAGAUACAACAAUGUGAACCCCUGAAUGGGUUCAGGGUUGUAGGGAGGUUCCCACAAGGCUUUGCGGCCUAUACUAGCCCUUAUACUUGGCUAUCCCUUAGGCAGUUUCCCUACAGGGUGGGGGUUUUCCUGGACUAUGAUCAAGGGGACGUCUCUUUCUAUGACAUGACUGAUGGCUCCCACAUUUUCUCCUUCCCUCCUGAGUCCUUCUCUGGGAAUUUCCUUCCAUACUUCAUCUGUUAUUUUGGAGACGUGUCCAUGACCCUCUGUCCCCUGGAGGCUGGGCCCCAGAAGCCCUCUGUGCCCAUGAACA